UGGUAAUAUUUGCCGCCAUUUGUGAUGGCUUCCCUUGUACUUCAGUAGUAAAUAAACAACUUGGUGCAAGUAUUUCACUUUGACAAUUUGUGCUUUUAGUGCACCCCAUGCUGAUGGUCAUUAGCGAAAGACAGCUGCGAUGUAUAUAAAGCAGGUCAUUAUUCAGGGCUUCCGGAGCUACAGGGAUCAAACUGUUGUUGAACCUUUCAGUUCCAAGCACAAUGUCAUUGUGGGAAGAAAUGGAUCAGGAAAAAGCAAUUUUUUCUAUGCCAUUCAGUUUGUGUUGUCUGAUGAGUUCAGUCACAUGCGACCAGACCAGCGACAAGCCCUCCUUCACGAAGGAACUGGGCCUCGUGUUAUCAGUGCAUUUGUGGAGAUCAUCUUUGACAACUCUGACAACAGAAUUCCGAUUGAGAAAGAUGAGGUGGUACUUAGACGUGUGAUUGGCUCGAAGAAAGACCAAUACUUCUUGGACAAGAAGAUGGUCACAAAAUCUGAUGUGAUGAAUUUGUUAGAAAGUGCUGGUUUUUCAAGGAGCAACCCUUAUUACAUUGUGAAACAAGGAAAGAUUAACCAAAUGGCAACAGCUCCAGAUUCACAACGUUUAAAACUACUCAGAGAAGUUGCAGGAACCAAAGUGUAUGAUGAACGGAAAGAAGAAAGCAAUGCCAUUUUAACAGAGACAGAUGGCAAGCUUGAAAAGAUAAAUGACCUACUUAAGUAUAUCGAGGAGCGCCUGAAUACCCUGGAGGGUGAGAAAGAAGAGCUGAAAGAGUAUCAAAAGUGGGACAAAAUGAGGAGGUCACUGGAAUAUACCAUUCACGAUCAUGAGCUGAAAGACACCCGCAAAAAGUUAGAUGAACUCCAGUCCAAACGAGACAACAGUGGUGCUAAUUCUACAGUUUUGCGAGAUGAUCUGACAGCAGCCAAUGACAGAGUGAAAACCAUCAACAAAGAAUUGAAAGAACUGAAAGCCAGAAUGCAAGCAGCCCUUGAGGAAAAGGAUAGUAUCUCAACAGAAUAUCAAGAGCUCACAAAGAAAAAUUCAAAGCUGGAGCUCAGCAUUCGAGACAUUGUGGAAGACCAGAGGGGAAACCAAAAUACAAAGGCAAAGGCAGAAUCAGAACUUGCAAAAGUGAAUGAGAAGAUAGUGAAGACACAGACCCAAUAUGAUACUGUUUGCCAGGAGUACCAAAACAAGUUGGAUAAUGAGGAAAUGUGUUCUACACGAUUAGCGGAGGCUGACCAGAAAAGGAAGGAACUGUAUGCAAAGCAAGGAAGAGGCAGCCACUUUCAGUCUCGCGAGGAUCGCGAUAACUGGAUCAAGAAGGAACUGAAGUCUCUCAACAAAGCUAUCAAGGACAAAGAAGAACAGAUUUCAAGGUUACGAGAUGCUCAGCAACAAGGCCAAGGACAAACAGCUAACCUUCAGAAAGAGAUUGCGGAUCUAGAGCAAGAUCUGGAAAACCGAAAAGAAGGUAUUGAAGAUAACAACAGGCGGUUUUCAGAAAUGAAAGCUGAUAAAGAUUCACAACAGAAUAAAAGAAAUACUUUGUGGCGACAGGAGAACACACUACAGCAACAGCUGAGUACGACCACUGAGGAAUUGAACAAGAGGUUACAAGGGCUGAGAUCUCUCACUGGCAAAGGCAUGUUGAAUGGUAUUGACAGCAUACAGAAAGUACUGCAAUCAUUCAGGGAACAGAACAAGUAUCCAGAAGUCAUUAAUGGCUAUCAUGGUCUGCUUAUUGAAGCUUUUCAGUGCGAUAAAGUCUACUACACAAGUGUGGAGGUCACAGCUGGUUCAAGGUUGUUUCAUCACAUUGUGGAUACAGAUCGCACUGGCACCAUACUGCUGAAAGAAAUGAAUCGCAUGCACCUGCCCGGAGAAGUCACAUUCAUGCCUUUGAACAGAUUAGAAAACCGGGACACUCAUUAUCCAAACACUUCAGAUGCAGCUGCCAUGAUCCACAAGCUUGAGUACGAGAAAAAGUAUGAAGCAGCAAUGAAACACGUCUUUGGGAAAACUUUAAUAGCAAGGAGUAUGGAGGUAGCUACUCAGUUUGCCAGAACGCAAAACCUGGACUGCAUCACAUUAGAAGGUGACCAGGUCAGCAGACGAGGUGCUCUAACAGGAGGCUACUAUGACACUCGAAGGUCUCGCCUGGAUCUCCAGAAGAGCAAGGUAGAGCUGACCACCCUGAAACAGACACAGGAGGUGGAGUACCAGAGCCACCGGGUGGAGCUUGAGAAAGUGGAGCAGUACAUCACCAACCUCUUGUCCGAGAUGCAGAGGUUGGAGACCAAAAACAGCAAAAAUAAAGAUGCUUAUGAAAAGGUUCAGACAGAUUUGAGAAUAAAGAAAGAGGAAUUGUCAACGCUACAGAACACGCAACCAUCCAGAGGCAAGAGUGCUGCUAGUCUGGAGUCUAGCCUUCAGGCCAUGAAGGGCCAGGCGGAUGCAUUGAAGGAAGAACUGGGCACCGAGCUGCAGUCUCAGCUUAGUGUGGAAGACCAAAGGCAGGUGGACUUCCUCAAUGACCAGAUUAACAAACUCACUCAAGAGAACAGACAGGCCUGGCAGGAGCGCAUCAAGUUGGAGACAGAAAAGAACAAGCUGGAGAAUGUGCUGAACAAUAACCUGACCAAGAAGCGGGAGCGACUGCAGCAGGAACUGAGGGAGGUCAGCCUGGAGGAACAAGAUAAGCGUCUGAGUGGCUUCAAGUCGGAUAAAGAGGAGGUGGAGAAACGCAUGGCUGAGCUUGAUGCCUCGACAACAGAGGUUGAUUCGAGUGUUGAAAGGUUAAACAAGGAGCAGAAAGAAAUGCAAAUGAACCUGGAAACGUGGCGGGGUAAAGAACGAGAUAUUCAGGACAAGAUUGGAGAAGAUGCAAAAGAAUUGGACAAGAUCUCACAAAAACAAAGUCUUCUUAUUAAGAAGAAAGAGGACUGCAUGAAGAAAAUCAGAGAUUUGGGAUCAUUACCUUCAGAUGCUUUCGAAAAGUACCAGAACAUGAGUCUAAAACAGUUGUUCAAGAAGUUGGAAAGUUGUAACCAGCAGCUGAAGAAGUACAGCCAUGUGAAUAAGAAGGCCCUGGAUCAGUUUGUCAACUUCUCUGACCAAAAGGAAAAGCUGAUGAAAAGGAAGGAAGAGCUUGACAGUGCCCAGCAGUCCAUCAUUGAUUUGAUGAAGGCUUUGGAUCAUCGGAAAUAUGAGGCGAUUCAGCUCACUUUCAAACAGGUGUCCCGUUACUUCAGUGAGAUCUUCAAGAAACUGGUCCCUCAGGGUCAUGGAGUGCUUGUGAUGAAGAAAGGAGAAAUUGAGGGAGAUGGUGCAGAGGAAGAGAUACCUCUUGUGGAGCAGUUCACUGGUGUGGGAAUUAAGGUUUCCUUCACGGGCAACAAAGCGGAGAUGAGAGACAUGCAGCAGCUGUCAGGAGGCCAGAAGUCCUUGGUAGCCCUGACCCUCAUCUUUGCCAUCCAAAAAUGUGAUCCCGCUCCGUUCUACCUCUUUGAUGAGAUUGACCAGGCUCUGGACUCGUCCCACAGAAAAGCUGUGGCAGAUAUGAUUCACGAGCUAGCUCAGGAUGCUCAGUUCAUCACCACUACCUUCAGACCAGAGUUGUUGCAACAUGCUGACAAGUUCUACGGUGUCAAAUUCAGGAAUAAAGUGAGUCACGUGGAGUGUGUGACAAAAGAGGAAGCAGAAGAUUUUGUGGAGGACGAUGCAACUCAUGGCUGAGAAGAGUAUAUGUUUUUGGGACAAUGUCUCUCUCUCUCUCUCUCUCUCUCACUCUAUCUGUCUUUCUCUUUUCUCUCCCUCCAUUCCUCUCCCCCUCUUCCACGCCCUCUUGCCAAGCUGUGACGGGCAUUGUUAGACAGAUCAUAAUUUGUUUACAAACCUGAGAACCUGUGAAAUAGUAGGAGACCUUCACAUGCAGGAGUUGCAAGUACAGUUUUAUCUGAUUAUUCAGGUUUGAAAUCAAAUGUUCAGAUGUUUGUAAUUCUCUCUAUGUAUAUUACAUCUCUGAUAAUUUAAGGGUUACAUUGUGCAAAGAAAUAUCUUUCUACUUUGUAUUUCUCAUCUUUCUUAUUUGUCUGACCCACUAAAAAAUACCUAUAAAAGGUGUGUUACAGAUACAUUAGAUAUCCUGCACUAGAUUGAAAGACAUGUUCCACUUUUCACUUUGCUAUAGCUUGUUACCGAGAUCUAUUUGGUCAAAUAUUUGAUAAGUCUAUGGUCCACAGCUGGGAGCUGUUUAGUAUCCAUUUGUUUAAGGAUGGGGGUGCCCACAGCCAUUGAAUUUCUUUCAAAAUAGGGAGCAAGGAUAAUGGACAGGGCAGAGAGAGGAUAAGAAAAGACCAUUUUGGGCGCCUAAAUUAACACUGAGCUUGUUGAUGAGCAGGAAAUUUGAAAAGUAAUCUUCAUAGUUAUCUUGUGCAUUAUGCACAGUCUGACUGUGAGCAUAAUUAAAAUUUGUCCAAAGAGAUAUACCGAGAGAGAUGCUGACAUUUUUUUUUUCGGCCUCUCAGAAUAUGUACCCUGCCUCCAUGUACCCUGUGACAUGUAUCUAUCUGUGUUCCUAAGUCUACUCUGACUCUAUGUGCCUUUGCUACUUUUUCUGUGGUAGCAUUGCAUUUUUUGAAAUCAUAUGUAUUAUUGUGUACAAAUCAAAGAUGGGCCGUCCCUUAGCUGAUUACGGUAUGGAUGUGCAGUCUACCCCUGAUCCGGUCUCAAGUUGUUUUCUGUCCAGAUGUCUUGUUCUGUUGAACCCAAAUUAUGUUUCCAUUUUUGAGAUGUUAUGCUCGUUGAGGCAUGGCAGUUUUCUUGAAUCAUCUGUACAUUUUUACGUGUGUGAAAGUAGGGAAAAUUCUGUUGUACCAUAGGACAUCAGUUCUAGUGAUGUGCUUUCUCUUAUCCUGCUGAAACUGUUGCUUGAUAUGUGAAGUCUAUUAUGUGUUACAAACUUCAUAUUUUUAGAAAUCUUUCCAUUUACGUAUAAAACGGAUGAGACAGUAGUUUGUUCUUCUACUUGUGCUGUGGUUCUUGUCCAGGUUCUGUGGGAGGAAGAGGAUGAACCUCCUCUCACUGUGGGUGAGCUCUCUCACUUUGGGGAAUUUCUGUUCAUGUUUUCCAUGAGUGUUUUGUGUGUGUUUUGUGUAUUCCCAUGAUGUACAAAAUUCAUAGAUGUUAGUGGUGUGCACAUGUUGUAGUAAAGCUAUUGUGGAGUGUCAUGUUAUGUGUAUGUGUAUCUCAACUAAAAACAGUGGGGGGGGGUGGGGUUACCUAUUCUUUCUAAAAGCGAUGUGGUUGAUGGGUGCUUUUUCUACCCUCUUUUCAGUGUGUCUAUUGUCUGGGUAAGUUCCCAGUGGAAGCGUGUCCUGUAUCAUACCAAUGGCCAUAUACUAAUAUGCAACUCAAAUUAAACUUUGAUAAAUCACUCUUCUAUCAGAGAUAACUCUCUGAGUAGGAUAUUAUUAGCAGCUGCCACCUAGAAACAACUUUGAUUAUCAUUGAAGACACUGCUCUCCUGUCAUAUCAUCACUCUGUUUGCAGACAUUAUCAGCAGUUGCAGCAUGUUCCCUGUUCUGUGUACAGUUUAUAAAAGAAAAUGAGAGAAAAUUCAAGGAGCCAGUGUCGUUAGGUAUAGACGAAGAGGACAGCAUAAUGGUUCUCCGAAAUAAGUUUGAAAUGUUUGCUUUAAACAGGAUAACCCACUUAAGUUCACAACCAGUAGACUCGUGAGCUCAACGUGAUGGUCUUUCUACAGCACAAGGAACUCUCCCCGAGGAUGAGCUCAAUUUGUCCCUUUUUAAAAAAUGGGGGGGGGGAUUUUAUCUGCAUUCAAUGCUCUUUUAAGGCAGCAUUCUAAGGGCAUAGGGUGUGUGUGAAAGAGUUUGUGACAUAUUAAAGGUGUUGUUUUAAAAAAAACCUGUAAUGGAUCAUGAGUGAAAGGAAUACGUUGACUGUUUAUGUAGACUUUGAUGUUUGAGCUAUGACUAUGUUCUAAUUUAUAUUGUAUCUUAUUGCUUUUCAUUGUUUAUUUCAGAAUCUGGGAGGAAACGUUGAAAGUGUUGGGUCUUUUUAUGAACAUAAAAUGCUGUUUAAGGGGUCAGCUGAAAGUGCAGCGUUGUCAGAAUAAUGAAUUUGAUGUCAUGCCAGUUAGUCGUGAAAAUCUUUCCACUUUGCUACCUUAUGUUUUAAUUUUUCUUCCUUUCUCUCUCUCUCUUUUUUUUUUUUUUUUAAAAACUGGUGUGAUAACUUUUAUUGAAUGUGAUUUUUUUUUCUUUUUUCUUUUUAAACUGGUCAUGGCUUGACCAAGGGAGUAACUUUUGUCAUCACAACUUAUCGCUUUAUUGUAUGAAGAAUGUACUGCUUUUCUGGAAAUUUGUGUAAUUCCCAAAGUUCUAAUGUUCAUCAUGUCAUCGUGUCUUUUUUAUUGGAUAGACAAGUUUGUGUGGGGUCUUGUUCAGGUAGUUCUUGGAACUAAAUUCCUGAAAUAGUGAUGUUGUUUCUGUGUACUCAUGGUCCCAGUUAUUACUGCUGUGUUAUAGUACUUUUUUCUGUGCAAGAUUGGGAGAAAAUGGCAAAUGUUCUUUUGUCAGCCAGUAAUGUACAGAGGCACACUUUUCUGUUACAUAUAAUGUUGUAUUUAUGUAGUUAAAGCAGGUGAAAACGUGGCUGUUUUUGCCAACAGCUUGUAGUAAGAGAAGCGCCUAUCAGCGUGGUGAUGCUGUGUUGCGGCGGCUGAGACUGGUCAUCAUGUAACGGCUUCACUUACCCAGGGGAAUUUCCAGAAUUCCAGAAAAAUAGGAUGUUCUAGUAGCCACAUGUUUUGGUAGGAUGUAUAACCUCUCCCUUGGGUGGUUGGCGGGUGCUCUGGUGUGGUUUGCUUCUUCUUUCCUGUCAAACAUCUAUCGUCCUUAUCUCCCCUUCUUUUUUAUGUUGUUACUCUCAUGUAACACCUAAUCUUCUGGCGCUCAUAUGACCGUAUGCAGUUGCAAGUGCUGAAAAACCUCUACUAAAACUAAAAAUGAACCCCUCCCCUCGUUGCACUUCUCUAUGUGUAUGUGAUUCCCUUUGGGGAGGGGGCAGUUGCUCUGUUGUGUCCUGCAUCUUCCGUUUCCUUACAGUGGUUGUAUCAUCCCAGUGGGCUCAUAGUGAAAUGUGGCUGUUGUAGUGCUAACUCACUGUGAACAGCGGCUCAACCUAUAUAUUAUUAAUUUGUUCCUGUCAAAUGCAGUGAUUCCGGGAAAUCUCUCUUCGUGCAGGUCAAAAAAAGGCCAUGGUAAUCAAUGUGGUUGUUCUACAACUAAACGUGUUCAGAAUUCAGUUUUAAUGCCUUUCUUGUUGGUUCUGUUGGCUUAGUUGGGUUAAUGGUUUGAUUUUUAAAUGAUUUCUGCCAGUUUCUCUGAAUUUGAAUGGCAAAAUCAUUUUUGAAGAGAAACACAAAAUAGGAGAUUUAUUUUUGUAUAUAUUUGUUGUUAGCAUAUACAUAUUAUUAUCUCCAUUCACCAUUUUUGUAUUCAUCGUUUUCACAGUGUUCCAUAAUCUUCCUAGUUCUGUUGUUAGCAUUCUUCAUUUUGGUGUCAUCCUUUCAUCCCAUUUCAGUACUUUUAUGUGACAUUUGAACAUAACACAAACGUACAACAACAGACAUUUUAAUAAAUCAAUUUAAGUAUAUAUUAA